AUGGAGGAGAGUCAGGCAGAAGCGGAGGGACACAGCUCGCUGCAAGGGUUGCAUUACAACCACAACAUGCUGUCCUUCCUUAGGCAACAGUUGGAGAGAGUGGAAAGUUUGGAGCAACCGGCCAGUGCAACAGCAGAGGAAUGGCUGGCCUUUCAUACCAGGGUCAAAAAGGCACGCAGGCUACUGGCCAAGCAUUCAGAGCCAUUUGACAUCAGAACAUUCUACAAGAUCGAAGAUGUCUACAGUGCUGUUGGUGAAACCUGCGAGUUUUUGCAUGCACAGGCACAGGAAUGGAAGUUGCAGUGUGCAGCAGAGCUUGAAUAUGCUGUGCCCUAUGACUGUGUCCAGGCAGACAGGGAGUACUUGCACAAACUGCUUUCCUACAUACUCAAGGGUGAGAAGUGUGGUGUUGAUGACGAACUGCUCCAUCAAUGGAUGCCCAUCAAGUGUGCCCAUGAUGAGCUGAAGUCCCUGCUGAUCAUUUCCCAAGAUGCUCUUUUGAUGAAGAAGCAGAUUGGUAAAGGUGGAUAUGGCCUUGUAUUUGAGGCACAAUGGCACUUUUCUAGAGUCGCUGUGAAGAGGCCACUCACCGAAGGCGACUUGCCCAUUGAGGAGUUUGCAAGCUUUGUCAGGGAAGUGGUUGUGCAUGCAAACCUGAGUCACCCCCACAUCGUCCAAGUGCAUGCGACCACUCCAUCUGGCUGGUUGGUCAUGGAAGCAGCCGAUGCGGAUCUGGGGACUUUGUGUCGAGGCUCUAAGAAGAUGGGCUGGCGAGGAACACUCAACCUCCUCCGGCAAGCUUCAGAAGGGCUGUAUUUCCUGCACAGCCUUUCUCCUCCUGUUGUGCACGCAGAUGUCAAGAGCUCAAAUUUUCUCGUAUUUGGGACAGACCCAGACAGCUGCAAAGUGAAGAUUGCAGAUUUUGGGCUUGCAUUGGAACCAGUCAAAGGGAGGAGCAAGACAACAAGGCUUGGAGGAGGAACACUGGAGUGGAUGGCACCAGAAAGUUACGAAGGGCAACCUGUCUCUGUCUUGUCUGACGUCUUUGGCUUCGGAGUCGUCAUGUAUGAAGCAGUGGCACGAGCACAUCCAUAUGGAGCAGACAAACUGAAGCUUGUUGAUGCAAGGAGGGCAUUUGUGAUGAACAAGAAGCUUUCUGGUGAAGAGCCAUGCACAGUACGGCCUGAAGAUUGUCCUGAAGAAAUGCGGCUGCUCAUGAAGCGCUGCUGCUCCAUCAACCCUGCAGCUCGGCCAACCAUGAUGGAAGUCACCCAAUGUCUGCAGGAGCUGCCAGCAGACUGGAGUCGUUCUGAUCAACAGCUGAGGAUUGGGGAACUAUCCAAACAGGAGGUGGAGGCGGAAACUCAACCACAGCAGCUGGCCCAAUUGAAUGGAGACCUCAACGCUGUGCGGCAGGAAAACGUCCGGCUGAACGAGGAGCUGGCGAAGAAGGGCAUGGUGAUCCGCAAGAUGGAGAGUGAGGUGUCAGAGCUGGAGUGCACAGUGUCAGAGCUGCGGCAGCUGAUCAGGGACUCAAAGAAUGAGGCUGCCACAUUGAUUGAGGACCGCGAGCAGGAGAAUGAUUACCUCAGACACCUGCUGGAUAAUGCCACCAGCCGUGUUGAUGCCGCUGAGGCCACCCUCGCACAGUUCCAAGAACUGGACCAGGUGCGCCGGGCCAGCUUCAGCUUGACAAAUUUUAUGGAGAACAUCAACGACGUCAUUCGCGAUGCCGAGGUCACCACGCCACUUCGGGACUAUGAGGAUCUUCAGGGCUUUUCCGUAUAUGACAGACCCACUGUGGCUCGCAGCGUCACUCCGACGAUGUAUGCGCUGUCUUCUGAGCCGAUCAGCCAAAAUGGCUUGGUGGACUACACGAGCUUUCCCUCAGGGGCCCAGGGGGAAGUUGGAGGGAGCUGCGGUGAGGGAGGGGAUUACUAG